GAGUCAUGGUUCAGGUACCGUCUGGUGGAAACUCCCUGUCCCCAGAUGAACAGAAAUCUAUGGAGGCCUGCUGGAGGAAAAACACUUCAUUCACUUAAAGCCAUGUGAGAUGUUCUACCUUCAGAUGUCACCAGAGGAGCUCUGUGGACACCAGAGAGGAGGUUUGGGUCAGUUUGUAGCAGAACAAACACUGAGACCUGAGCGCUGAUUCUGUCUGAAGGUUUGGUUCCUGCUGCUGUUUGGGAUCAGAGUGAAACCUGACCCAGGUCUUUGAACAGGAAGUAGAUUUAUUUUAAGCAAAUCUGAUUGGUUUGUUCCUCUGAGACUUUGAUCGUGGUGACAGAGGUUGCCGCCAUCUUGUUGUUAUUUUGUUAACAGCAGAAAACAAAGACGACAGGUCUGAGUUUAGUGAAGUUUAAGGUUCAGAAAACCCAGACUGGUUCAGUCCUUCAGAGCCCGGGUCUGAGUCUCUGUUGUUUCAUAAUCUGUCCAUGAUCAGUGUGUACAGUGUGUAGUUCCGCCACCUCCACAAGUCCAGGGUGUGGUGUGUGUGUGUGUGUGUGUGUGUGUGUGUGUGUUGGGGGGGUCGGUGGUCGGAGGAGGAAGAGGAAAAGAUGACCGUUUCCUGCUGCAGCUAGAAAAUAAAACAAACAGGAAACAGUGAGCAGAGAGCUCAACAAGGAGCGAGUGGAGACGAGUAGAGACCAGGAGAGAAGAACACAGUGGACAGGAGAACAGUGGAACCCAGUAGAACCCAGCAGAACCUGGAGAACUGCAGGUCAGACUGAGCAGAGGACAGAAGCUGCAGAUCAGAUCAGAUCAGGAGAGUAGAGAGCAGUAAAGGCUGAUCUGAGGACAGUAGAAACAUCUGCAGGAACAUCAGGCCUGAGGGAAACACAGUAGAACCCAGCAGAACCCUGACACACACACAUACACACUCACUCACACACACACACACACACACACUGUGUGGACGCAGAGAUGUCACAGUCCUGAGGAGAAGACAUGGAUUAUUAUCUUUAAUUCUACAGAAGAAGAAGAAGAGAAAGGUUCCUCCCUCCCCGUCCCCCCUCCCCCGGUUCCAUCAUGCCCAUCCUCAAGAACCUCCCAGUGCGCCUGAAAGGCGGCGGUCCGACUCUAGACAACGCUUUAAUCCUCCGCAGGAUGAGCCUCAAUAUCACCCCCCACCACCACAACCCCUUCAGCGACGACGACGAUGGCCUCCAUGGCAACGGCGGCCAUGGCAACCACUGGUCACCAGGCAGCUCACUCCUGGACGGUGACGUGCCGAGGGACCGAAACCCCUUUGAGGACGAGGAAGACGAGAACGAGGCCAACGAGGGGAAGAAGGGAAGCGGAGGAACUGGAGGAGGAGGAGGCUCAGUGAAGGGAUCCUUCAAGUUCAAGUCCCCGCUGAAGAGUCUGGGGAAGCUGGGGAAAACCCUGAGAGCAUCAGGGAGGAGCAAAGGAAGUGCUACCCCCUCCCCGGAUGGGUCGCUGCAGGGAACUCCUUCACCUGCAGAGAAGAAGAAGAGGGGGAGGAGGAGCUCUGAAGGAAGUCUGCUCAGGUUUGCAGGUAAAUAUCGCGAAACCUUCGGCUCCUCCGUCACCAACGGCGAGCUGAACUGUACAGAGAGCGAGUGUGACUCCACCAGCCGCCGCCUGUCCUUCAUGAAGAUGGUGGGUCUGGGGAAGCUGAAGAGGGAGUCCAUGGCCGACCGAACGUCUCAGGGCCCAGAGGAGCAGCCGGUGCAGGAGGAGGUGGUGGAGGAGGUCAAACCCAGAGAGCCGCUGUCAGUCCUGGAGAUCCUGCAGCUGGUGAAGAAACGGGACCUGUUCCUGGCUGACUCUCAUAUCCUGGAGCUGGAGCAGGAGUGUAACGAGUCCGCUGCCACUGAGACGCAGCCGGAGGACGCCACCAGCCCGAACGUCAAAGACUUUGGGCGGAGGAAGGCGAAGGACGUGGAGCUGCUGUAUGAGGAGCUGCAGAAGGAGCUGUGGGCCGUGGUCAGGGAGUCUCUGAGGUCCCCCACGGCUGGACCCAACCUGGGCCUGGUGGUUCAGGUGCUGCAGCAGGAGGAACAGGCCGAUAAAGACUGGGCCACCAGCGAGGGAGCGGCCCCUGGGGGCCCCAGGCCUCGUCGGCUGAAGCAGAAGUGGAGGGAAGCAGUGGAGGAGGCGGCAGAUGGCUCCCUGCCCCAGAGAGCAGAGUUCACGGCCGGAGAGCUGGACGGAUACCUGGGCAGGCUCCGAGCCCGGGUGGUGGAGGACCUGGGGGCUGCAAACAGGAACGUGGUUUCCAUUUACCCUGAGGAGUACCAGCCCUUCCAGGUGUACGUGCAGAGUUACCACCAGGCAGUUGCUAGGCGACUGGAGGCCAUCACUGACAACCAGCUGGAGAUCACAGACAUCUACUCUCUGCUGGACUGGCUGCACAACAUAUACGACAGAGAUGUUCUGGGGACUGUGUGCAUCACGAGUCCGUUCAGCCGCUCUCAGCUCAGUCCUCUGCUUCCUUCAGAGACCGUGGACAGACUGGAGCUGGACUGUCUCAACUCUGUCAGGGCUAAAGUGACCACAGGGCUGAGUCAGGUCCUGGACGAGGAGGAGAAGAGGUGGAUGGAGACGUUGCACAUCGAGGAGUAUCAGAUUACUCUGGCUAAGACUGUCAUACAGAGGCUGCAGGUGGAUCUGGAGCGUUCUGCCUCCAUCAACAGGAGUCUGGGCUCCAGAGUAGCUCAGUGCAGCCUCAAUGGUCUGGCCGACUUCCUCUACAGUUUCCAGCGUAAAGUCGAGAUGUUCCAUGAAGGGAUGCAGAGCGGGAUGUUUGGAGAUAACGAGGAUGGAUACGUUUCAAAAACCAUCGCCCUGGUCAACUGCUGCCCCCCAUUCAGAGGCUUCGUGCAGCGCUGUGCUCAGUCUGAUCCGUCAGUCAGCGAGGACUCUCUGCGCCGAGCCAACAAAGCUCUGGAUCACAUCGUCCAGCAGGGAGUCAGAGUCCUGUCUGAACGCCUCUACCUGCACAUCAGGCCAUUCUUUGAGCGUCUGGUGAAGAGGAAGUGGCUCAGCAACACGGAGCCGUACGAGCAGAUCGAAGCUCUGAUCAAAGAUUACUUCAAGAAGUAUCACAGGAUGGACAGUCCUCCAUACCAGCUGCUGGUGGCAGAGGUCCACCGGCGGGUGGUGAUGGAGUAUCUCCGCUCGGUGAUGAGAGGACGAAUCAUCUGCACCUCUAUGAAGAUGAGGAAGAGGAUGGCUGGGCGGCUCAGAGACGAAGGAAAACAGAUCAAAGUGCUCUUCAAAGACCUGGAGUCUCCGUCCAGCUGGUUGGACAGCGCUCUGUCACACAUCUCUGAGAUCAUCCAGCUGGAGGACGUCCCCUCCAUCCAGAUGGAGGUCGGAGUUCUGGUCCGAGAGUUUCCAGACGUCAGGAAGAAGCAUGUGUCAGCCAUUUUGAACAUCCGAGGGAUGACUCGGCAGGCGGAGCGUCAGGAGAUCCUCAACAUUGUCAAAGACAUCGAGAGCUGUGAUGGUGCCGGCUCAGCCCGGCUGUCCCGGGACCACGCCCUCUUCUCUGAGGUGCCGGUAACCUCCGAGGUCCACUGCCUGAACGUGGGCCUGAGCCGCAUUGCCCUCACCGCCUCGUCCUGCUUCAGCACACUGCGACCACGUCGACGCAAAACCCGAACGCCUGUCCAGGAAAACCCCGACGAUGUUCUCUGAAGAGACACAUCACAAGAUUUUUGUUUUUCUGACAAGCUCCUUGGCUGGAAGUGAAAUUAUUUGAGUUCCAACAGCCUGCAGGCGGAUUUUAUUAUUAAUUUAACUCCGUAAACAAUCAUGAUUAUUAGUCACUAAACCAUCACUGACUGAAUCUUUCCAUCAAGCUGCUGCUUCAGAGGAAUCCACUAAAAAUAGGUUUGUUUUUUCUUUCUGGAGAAGUUUCAGGAAGAAUGGCGUGACAGCGAAGACCUCAAGACUAACCUGAGAUCAACUUUGAAUCAUUUUGACUCUUUGAUUUCACUUUCACCAAGUUCAACAUUUACUGCUCAGAAGAAAACAAAAGGUCAAAGGUCGAUGAUGAUGAUCAUGAGAGCUGAUAAAAGACAGAACAGAGAGAAAACUGGACUGAAAAAUCAGCUCCUCUGUCAGACCGUUGUUGCCUAUUGUCAAGAAAAUAACAAAACUUUUUGAAUUUCUUCAGUUGAAAUCAAGUGUUAGCAUUUGGGGCUAACGCUAUGUCUCUUGUUAAGAAUCGAUUCUUGAAUGAUUUCCCUUUAUUGGAAAUGAGAAUUUUCUGAUUUGAAAUCAGAAAAUUUAGGUAGAUAUAAAAAUCCACAUCAUCUAUGAAUGUGGGAUUUCUUCCGUUAAAAUCCAAAUCUACUUGUUAGGAUGGAAAAUCAUUUAUUUGGAUUCAAACUUCACAUGAGGGUUGAGGCCUGGUCACAUCAGAAAAUUAUUCAUUACUGUGUCUUCGGAAAAAAGGUGAUACUAGAAGCUUGGUCACAAAGUGACUGGGGCUAAUGUAACUUGGCUAACUAAUAGUAUUAGGCUUGAGGGGUGGAGGUGGGGAGGUUGCAGUCGGAGGGGUGAAAGUUCAGUUCUUGCAGUGAAUUCAUCUCAAUUAACUGAUUUUGGUCUGAAUUGUUGUUUAUAAAACUGCUGUGACCAGGCCUUAGUUAUAUAAAGUCAGCAAAAUGUGAUUUAAAGUCACCUCGUCUUUUGCAGUUUUCAUAUUGAUUUUAACACAUUUAACAGGAUAACACUUCAGGUUUGUACUAAAUCACACACAUCAUGAUUUUCAUCAUGAGAUUUCAGAUUUGAUUCGUCGCUUUGUUUUUUUUUUUUUGAGAACUGUUUGACUUCAUUACAGUUUGACAUCCGAACAAACUGUCGCCACAUUUUCCUGCAGGAUUUCUGGACUUUGAGCUGAAAGGCACUUUAUGGAGGAUCAAUAAAAGGAGAGUAGUUCUCUAGACUGAAGUGGAUUCUGGGACAAAGACCGGAACAAGAGGACUGAACCAGACUGAGGUGCCUCUUCUGCUUUCUGUCCAGUCAGGAUCAAUAGACUGGAACCUGGACUGGAGACUGGAGAACCUGGAUGCCAUCUGUUUUGGGCAUUUUGACCCUGCAGAGUUUCAGACGCGUUUAGUUUUUAAUCCCAGGACAAAAACUGGACAGUUGUAGUUUUAUUGUUGCACAUGAUAUAUAAAAAAAGACACAUUUUAAUCAAAGGUACUAGACAAAGAUCUAAGUCUAUCAGCUGAUUGUGUAUUUAAAGCAGUGAUUAUAGCUCACGAUCUUGGGUGUGUUGAGGUUUAUUAAAUAUGUGGGAUUCAGAGAUUAACAGAGAUUUAUUAUUUCUUCCUGGUGGUAGAAUAACAGACGUUUACUACAGAAUAUCUGGUCAUUCAGAGUUUAGAUUACAGGGACAGAACUACAGACUUAUCAGAGAUAGACUGACGACUAACUGGGAUUUAACGGUUUAUUCUGCAUUUCCUCACAUUUAAUUUUCAAACCACCCAUCAGUUUUUAUUCAUCCUGUUGUUUUUAGGCACUUUCCAUAUCCACAUUCAUUUCAGUAGAGACACUUCUCUUCCAUCUGUUCUUCAUGUCUCUGUCUCUUGUAAAUGUGGAUGUAUGAAAUGAAUCUUUCUGUACAGAGAUCAGCUUCAAAUGACAAUAAAACUCAUCAGAUCGCUGA